UGGAAAGCAGAUAAUGAUACUGAACCUUUAAUUUGAAGUUACGCAUUUUCUGCUUCUAUCUUGUUGUUACGUUAGUUAUUGUUCGCAUGCCUCCAUGGCUAAUAACUUUCUCGCGUUAGCUUGCGUGUGCAACGAUGGAGGCUCGAGUUCCGGCCACCUUUCGCCGCGACCACGCUACCCUUCUAUGCCGAGGUAUCCAAAGGGCGUCUCGGCGGCAGAAGGGAGCAGCAUGGACACUAUGGUCUUGGCAAAAGCCUAUUUCUGCGUCACUGGAAUGACUUGCUCCGCCUGUGCCGGCUCCGUCGAAAAAUCCAUCAAACGCCUUCCGGGUAUUCGUGAGGCCGUCGUAGAUGUUCUUAACAACCGUGCUCAGGUCCUCUUCUACCCCACUUUCGUUAACGAGGAGACCAUUCGGGAGGCCAUUGAAGAUGCUGGUUUUGAAGCCACCUUAGACAGAGACGAAUCCAAUGAGAGAAAUGUUCAGGUAUGCCGGAUGCGCAUCAAAGGAAUGACUUGCACCUCUUGUUCCUCCACCGUUGAAUCUGCUCUUCAAGCUAUUCAAGGUGUGCUCAAGGCUCAGGUGGCUUUAGCGACCGAAGAAGCCGAAGUUCACUACGAUCCGAACCUCAUUAGCUACAAUCAAAUCUUGGUGGCCACAGAAGACACUGGUUUUGAGGCCACACUCAUCAGCACCGGUGAAGACAUGAGCAAGAUAUACCUUCAAGUUGAAGGUGUAAGAACUGAGCGUUCCAUGAGACUCAUUGAAAACUCUCUUCAGGCACUCCCUGGAGUACAAGGCAUAGAAAUACACCCUGAGUUCAACAAAGUAUCUCUUUCUUAUAAACCGGAUUUAACAGGGCCAAGGAAUUUCAUCAAUGUCAUUGAGGAAACCGGCUCGAGGCGUUUCAAGGCUAAAAUAUUCCCUGAAGAAGGAGGAAGAAGGAACACUCACAGAAAAGAAGAAAUCAAGCAAUACUAUAGAUCAUUUCUAUGGAGUUUACUGUUUACUAUUCCUGUUUUUUUAACUUCUAUGGUGCUUAUGUAUAUCCCUGGAACUAAGCAUGGACUGGAUUCAAAGGUUGUCAAUAUGCUUACUGUGGGGGAGAUCAUAAGAUGGGUUCUUUCCACACCAGUGCAGUUCAUUAUAGGCCGGAGAUUUUACUCUGGCGCAUACAAAGCGUUGCGCCAUGGCUCUGCUAACAUGGAUGUUUUGAUUGCCUUGGGAACAAAUGCAGCAUACUUCUAUUCAGUAUAUUCUGUUCUUAGAGCUGCUACCUCUCACAGUUUCAAAGGAACUGAUUUCUUUGAGACCAGCGCUAUGCUUAUUUCAUUUAUUCUGUUGGGAAAGUAUCUUGAAGUUCUGGCCAAGGGGAAGACAUCCAAUGCAAUUGCCAAGCUGAUGAACUUGACUCCUGACACAGCAAUCUUGUUGUCACUUGACAGUGAAGGGAAUGUUAUUGGUGAACAAGAGAUUGAUAGCCGGUUGAUUCAAAAGAAUGAUGUGAUUAAGAUUAUUCCUGGAGCAAAAGUAGCUUCAGAUGGAUUUGUCAUAUGGGGUCAGAGCCAUGUGAAUGAGAGCAUGAUCACAGGCGAGGCGCGUCCUGUUUCAAAGAGAAAGGGUGAUACUGUUAUUGGAGGGACGGUGAAUGAGAAUGGGGUGCUGCAUAUUAAGGCCACCAGGGUUGGCUCAGAGAGUGCUCUUUCUCAGAUUGUUCGACUAGUCGAAUCGGCUCAAAUGGCCAAGGCUCCGGUGCAGAAGUUUGCUGACCGCAUUUCCAAAUACUUUGUGCCUUUGGUCAUUUUGAUCUCGUUUUCAACUUGGCUUUCUUGGUUUCUAGCUGGAAGAUUUCAUGCUUACCCAGAGUCUUGGAUACCAUCUUCAAUGGACAGCUUUGAGCUUGCUUUGCAGUUUGGGAUUUCAGUCAUGGUCAUAGCCUGCCCAUGUGCCUUAGGAUUAGCAACACCAACUGCUGUUAUGGUUGGCACUGGAGUUGGUGCAUCUCAAGGUGUGCUGAUCAAAGGAGGACAGGCAUUAGAAAGCGCUCACAAGGUGAACUGCAUUGUUUUUGACAAGACAGGUACCCUUACUAUUGGAAAGCCUGUGGUGGUAAAUACAAAACUUUUGACAAAUAUGGUACUACAAGAAUUCUAUGAACUUGUGGCUGCUGCUGAGGUGAAUAGUGAGCAUCCACUGGCUAAGGCCAUAGUUGAGUAUGCCAAGAAACUGAGAGAUGAAGAGAAUCCUGUUUGGCCAGAAGCAAGGGAUUUUGUCUCCAUUACUGGACAUGGAGUGAAGGCCACUGUUCGGAACAAGGAAGUAAUAGUGGGAAACAAGAACUUGAUGGUUGAACACAAUGUUGUAGUUCCUGCAGAUGCUGAAGAUAUACUAGCAGAAGCUGAAGAGAUGGCUCAAACUGGGAUUUUAGUAUCUAUAAGUGGGGAAGUAGUUGGAGUUUUAGCAAUAUCUGAUCCACUGAAACCCAGCGCACAAGAAGUCAUUUCCAUUCUCAAGUCCAUGAACAUAAGGAGCAUCAUGGUGACUGGGGACAACUGGGGUACUGCAAAUUCUAUAGCAAAGGAAGUUGGAAUUGAAACUGUUAAUGCUGAGGCCAAACCAGAGCAAAAGGCAGAGAAAGUCAAGGACUUGCAGGCUUCUGGAUGCAUAGUGGCUAUGGUGGGGGAUGGUAUAAAUGACUCACCAGCACUUGUAGCAGCAGAUGUAGGAGUGGCAAUUGGUGCUGGAACUGAUAUUGCCAUUGAGGCUGCUGAUAUUGUCUUGAUGAAGAGCAACUUGGAGGAUGUGAUAACUGCCAUUGACCUUUCUAGGAAAACAUUUUGGCGUAUCAGACUCAAUUACAUUUGGGCCUUGGGAUAUAAUCUUCUUGGAAUCCCAAUUGCUGCUGGAGCUCUUUUCCCUUCUACAGGAUUUCGGUUGCCACCAUGGAUUGCCGGGGCUGCUAUGGCCGCCUCUUCAGUCAGCGUUGUUUGUUGUUCUCUACUAUUGAAAUAUUACAGGAGACCCAAGAAGCUGGACAACCUUGAGAUAAGGGGCAUAAGCAUUGAAUGAUGAUAAAAUAUGAAUCAAUAGAAUUUAGGGGAUUUGCUUUAGCUAUUGUGUGUUUACUUGAAGGAGUGGUUUGUUAAGUUGUUCUGAAUUUCUGAUCAAUAAAUUUGGAUAGGAGUCACUUGUUAGACGACCAUGAAUCUGUAAAUAUGCUUGGAUGAUUCUGUUCUGCAUGUAAAAAACUGUUUGUUGUGACGUUAGAAUAAUGUACAAAACGAAAAGCCUUUACCAGUCCUGCUAUUUUUUCUUAUACUGUCUAUCUGCUGUAAGAUUUUCAGCAGACUCUUCAGUUAAUUUUCUUUGCCAAACAGGUGCUGAUCAACAUAUGUUUGUAUUCGUAGUAUACAGUUCUCCACAAAUCUGUUUCAGUAGGUACCACUCUAUCCUGGCUUUGCAUCCAAAUUACACAAAUCAAAUCGAGGUGUUCAUCAACCUUACAAGCACAAGUUACAAAAUGUAACACUCAGCUAUAUGCUUGGAUUGAAGAUAAAAACAAAAGAUGUGUUACCCAUGUACAAUCGCAUCUCUUCUAUUAUUUCUGAGUCUUACACUUGCAAAAUAUGCUGCGGAUACUCCAUAUAUAGUGGUGUAGCAUUCAUAUGAGACCUUUAUUAUAAGGCGUACAGGUAUUCUGAAAGGAAAAUCCAAUUUAUGUCACACUUCAGCAACAA